AUGUUUGAAGCAGAUGCAGCUCCUGGAUGGAAGAUCACCAUCGAUGAAAUUGCAACGGCAUUACAGGUCAGUCAUUGCUCUACUCAGCAUAUUGUUCACGAUGAGUUGAAAUACCAGAAAGUGGCCGCAAGACGAGGUCUAUGCCCGCUACCAACCACAGACCAAGCGCUCCGGUACGGCAUUGCGGCAUCCGACAUCGCCACAGCCGCAAAAGUUCCGCAGACAGCCAUCUGCACAAAAGGUGAUGCUGACUACAAGGGUCCCAUGUCCCCAAGGGAACAUUACAUGGAAAAGGACAAGACGGUGACCAGUGCCACAUUUGCAAUGGCUCUGACGAGUGCUCAGGAAUUAACGAUGCCGCCGCAGGAAAUGAGACAAUCGGUUUGGGAACCAGCGCAGGGAAGAAAACCUUUUUGAACAACUUGAAUGGAUUUAACCAGAAGGAUAAGAUGGCUAAAAUGGAAAAUUAUGAAUCACUUAAAAAGCAAUGAAAAUUGUUUAAUCUUAUAAUUCGAAUAAAAGCCAUGAACACAUGAAA